CGUGACCACAUCCUGAGAGCCAACCUUUCGUUCUGGAAAGUGAGGGUCUCACGUGGCUGGCGUAGGGCCGCUGCCUAGGAAACGCUGUGCAACAGCUCCCAGAGCAGCCAUAGAGCCCCGCGGGGGCCACGCGGCGCGGGAAGGGGCUGCUCCGGGACACAAUGCUGUGCACCAGAAGGCUGGGCGGCCUUACAGCCCGGGCAUCGGCUCUGCUGCCAGUGCGCUCGCGCCUGGGAGGCUUCGGAGCCGGGCUCCGGGCCCGACGGGUCAGCACCGGCUGGUCUCCAGUGGGUGCCGCGUUCAAUGUCAAGCCCCAGGGCUUGCGCCUGGACCUGUUUGGAGAGCGCCGGGGUCUUUUUGGAGUUCCCGAGCUCAGUGCCCCAGAAGGAUUUCGUAUCGCACAAGAAAACGCCUUGAGAAAGACAGAUUUGCUGGUGGCGCGUGCGUGUUCCACUCCACCUGGACCACAGACUGUGCUCAUCUUUGACGAGCUCUCUGAUGCCUUGUGCAGGGUGGCUGACUUGGCUGAUUUUGUGAAAAUUGCUCACCCUGAGCCAGCAUUCAGAGAGGCAGCAGAAGAAGCUUGUAGAAGUAUUGGCACCAUGGUAGAAAAGUUGAACACAAAUGUGGAAUUAUAUCAAAGCCUGCAAAAAUUACUAGCUGAUAAAAAACUCGUGGAUUCCCUUGAUCCAGAAACCAGGCGAGUGGCCGAACUUUUUAUGUUUGAUUUUGAAAUCAGUGGAAUCCAUCUAGACAAAGAAAAGGUGGUGCUAAUUGGCCAUAUCAGAAACAAACGUAAAAGAGCAGUGGACCUGAAUGUUAAAAUCUUGGAUUUGAGUAGUACAUUUCUUAUGGGAGCCAACUUUCCCAACAAGAUUGAGAAGCAUCUCUUACCAGAACACAUUCGCCAGAACUUUGUACUUGCUGGAGAUCAUGUAAUUGUUGAUGGUCUACAUGCAGAAUCACCAGAUGACUUGGUGCGAGAAGCUGCUUAUAAAAUUUUCCUUUAUCCCAAUGCUGGUCAAUUGAGAUGUUUAGAAGAAUUGCUCAGGAACAGAGAUCUUCUGGCAAAGUUAGUAGGGUAUUCUACGUAUUCACACAGAGCUCUCCAAGGAACAAUAGCUAAAAAUCCAGAAACUGUCAUGGAGUUCCUUGAGAAACUAUCUGACAAACUUUCAGAAAGAACUCUAAAAGAUUUUGAGAUUAUACAAGGAAUGAAAAUGAAACUAAAUCCUCAAAAUUCUGAAUUAAUGCCUUGGGAUCCCCCCUACUACAGUGGUGUGAUUCGUGCAGAAAGGUAUAAUAUUGAGCCCAGUUUAUAUUGCCCAUUUUUCUCCCUUGGAGCAUGCAUGGAAGGCCUUAACAUUUUAUUUAAUAAACUGUUGGGAAUUGCAUUGUAUGCAGAGCAGCCUGCAAAAGGAGAGGUGUGGUGUGAAGAUGUCCGAAAACUGGCUGUGGUUCAUGAAUCUGAAGGAUUGUUGGGGUACAUUUACUGUGAUUUUUUUCAGCGAGCAGACAAGCCACAUCAGGAUUGCCAUUUUACAAUCUGUGGAGGGAGAUUAAAGGAAGAUGGAGACUAUCAACUUCCAGUUGUAGUUCUUAUGCUGAAUCUUCCCCAUUCCUCAAGGAAUUUACCAACUUUAUUAACUCCUGGAAUGAUGGAAAAUCUUUUUCAUGAAAUGGGACAUGCAAUGCAUUCUAUGCUGGGACGUACUCGUUACCAACAUGUCACUGGGACCAGGUGCCCCACUGAUUUUGCUGAGGUUCCUUCUAUUCUGAUGGAGUACUUUGCAAAUGACUAUCGAGUGGUUAACCAGUUUGCCAGACAUUAUCAAACAGGGCAGUCAAUGCCCAAAAAUAUGGUGUCUCGUCUUUGUGAAUCUAAAAAGGUUUGUGCUGCAGCUGAUAUGCAACUUCAGGUCUUUUAUGCCAUUUUGGAUCAAAUUUACCAUGGGAAGCAUCCCCUGAGGCGGUCAACCACAGACAUUCUCAAGGAAACACAGGAGAAAUUUUAUGGCUUACCAUACGUUCCAAACACUGCCUGGCAGCUGCGAUUCAGUCACCUCGUGGGCUAUGGUGCCAAGUAUUACUCUUACCUGAUGUCCAGGGCAGUAGCUUCCAUGGUUUGGAAGGAAUGUUUCCUACAGGAUCCUUUUAACAGGUCGACAGGGGAGCGGUACCGAAGGGAGAUGCUGGCCCAUGGUGGGGGCAGGGAGCCCAUGCUCAUGGUGCAAGGUAUGCUUCAGAAGUGCCCUUCUAUUGAUGACUUUGUAAGUGCCCUCGUCUCCGACUUGGAUCUUGACUUGGAAACUUUCCUCAUGGAUUCUGAAUAACAGAAACACCUUGAAUCUUUUAAGUAAAGGUCAUGUAGUUAUUAACUUUGUUGUAAAUGCUAUAGCUGUUAACACUCGUUUCUGAUUUCAGUAUUCAUUUCUGUAAUAAUUUCUGAAAAACCGUAAAUGGAUGGAACUUGGAAUAAAUAAGUGUUUUAAUUAAGCUA